AACAAAAUGUCGGGAACGCUCGAUAUGUGUGAAAAGUACUAUGGCACGAGAAAUAUUUACGAGUUGUUUAAUGUGGAUAAAAAGGUGCCGGUGCAGGAAUUAAAGAAAGCUUACUAUCGACUGUCCCUACAAACACACCCUGACCGUGUGCCGGAGAGCGACAAAAAGGAGGCGACCGAAAAAUUUAAGGUGCUUAGCAAAUUGUACAACAUCCUUAGCGACAAGGAUACACGCGCUAUAUACGAUGAACGCGGAGUCGUCGAUGAUGAUGACGAUGCUACCACCAAUUGGAUGGAUAUGUGGCAAAAGGUUUUCAAGCCGGUCACCACGGAAGACAUCCAAAAUUACCACAAAACCUAUACCGGCUCGGAGACGGAACGGAUCGACAUCAAGCGUGCUUACCUUGGCGGUAAAGGUUGCAUCAACUAUAUGAUGCAGAUGGUCCCAUUCAUGACGUGCGAGGAUGAACCGCGCAUCGCUAAAAUCGUUCAAGAAAUGAUAGACCAAGAGGAGGUACCGGAGUAUGCCAUCUUCACAAAGGAACCAAAAGAGAAGCGUAACCGUCGGCACAAGAAGUAUGCUCGUGAGGCCAAGCUAGCGAAGGAAAUCAAGAAGCAGCAGGAGAGCACAGCUGCACUCGAACAGCAGAUUGCGGUCAAGCGAAAGAGUGCAUUCAGUUCCCUGAUUGAGUCGCUGGAAGCCAAAUAUGGUAGCAGCAAGGAUGAGUCGGACGAUCUGUUUGAGCUUGACGAGGAACCGCCGAAAAAGCGAAAAAUACAGCGAAAACAAAGCGAAAGCACAACCAAGCCCGCUAAAAAGGUAACAGCAGCAGCUACUAAAGGCAGAAAGACAAGAUCAUCGAAAUAG